AGAAUUGGACUUGUUGCAAAGCCAGAAUCCACCCGGAAGCCCGCGGCGCUCGCUCGCUCGCUCCCCUCGCCAUCGCUUCCUGACUUCCUCCGCUGCCUCCGGCCGCCGCCCGACCAUAUAAUAUAACCCCGCCUCGCGGCCUCGGCAUGGCUCUCCACGCCGCGGCGCCGCCCUUGUCCGCCGGCGGCCGCCUCCCGUCCUCCUCACCCCCUCGCGCCGGCGGGAGGCGCUUCCUCCGCUCCCCCGCCGCCGCCAUAUCGAGGCCCCGCUGCGUUGCCUCCCCCGCGGCGCUCCGGAAGGCCGCAGUUGGAAUGAGAGCGGCCUUAAGCAGUGAUGGUGCCCCUGGAAUGAGCGAUUCUCCACAUGUGGUGUGUUUUGGAGAAUUGCUAAUCGACUUCGUUCCAACUGUCAAUGGUGUGUCAUUGGCGGAAGCAUCAGCCUUCAAGAAGGCUCCAGGGGGUGCGCCUGCCAAUGUUGCGGUUGGAAUAGCUCGUCUUGGUGGGUCAUCAGCUUUCAUUGGAAAGGUUGGUGAUGAUGAAUUUGGCUAUAUGCUAUCCGAUAUAUUGAAGCAGAAUAAUGUAAACAAUCAAGGAUUACUGUUUGAUCCCCAUGCUAGAACAGCUUUGGCUUUUGUGACACUCCGAAGUGAUGGUGAACGUGAAUUUAUGUUCUACCGUAAUCCAAGUGCUGAUAUGCUACUUGAAGAAAAAGAACUUGACCUUGAUCUUAUAAGGAAGGCAAAAAUAUUCCACCAUGGCUCAAUAAGUCUUAUAACUGAGCCCUGUAAAACUGCUCAUAUUGCAGCUGCUAAAGCAGCUAAAGAUGCUGGAGUACUUGUUUCAUAUGAUCCGAAUUUGAGGCUCCCAUUGUGGUCAUCGGCUGAGGAUGCUAGAGAUGGUAUCCUGAGCAUAUGGGAAAGUGCUGAUGUUAUCAAGAUAAGUGAAGAGGAGGUUUCCUUUCUGACAAAUGGGGAGGAUCCAUAUGAUGAUGCUGUUGUUAAGAAACUUAUCCACCCAAAACUGAAGUUGCUUCUUGUCACUGAAGGUCCAGACGGCUGUAGAUAUUAUUCUAAGGAAUUCAGUGGGAGAGUAAGUGGACUGAAGGUAACUGCUGUCGAUACAACUGGUGCUGGAGAUGCUUUUGUUGCUGGAAUGCUAUCUCAAUUGGUCACAGAUUUUACACUGCUCCAGGACGAAGGUAGAUUGAGAGAAGCCCUGAAGUUCGCAAAUGUCUGUGGAGCUCUUACUGUGACAGAGAGAGGUGCAAUUCCUGCGUUGCCCACCCAACAGCAAGUGCUUGACGCCCUGACCAGUGUUGUUGCUUAACUGUACCUGUUGUGUGUAUUAAUAUGAACUGGCACGAGCACCAUGCAGUUAGAUUAGGUGUAAUUUCGUUUGCAUACCACUUGGCGUUUUGGUGGUGUAUCCCAAGCCCCCAGCCAAACCAAAUAAUCAGGUGCAAGAGGCAGUUUCCUGUCCAUUUUUGACGUGUGAAGUUGGAUUUUGAGUCAUCAAGUUACUACUUGGUGUGCUAUGUAUCUGUCCAGCAAUUAUGUGCUGGUAUUGUAAUGUUGCUGAAAAAUCAUUCUAAAUAAUACCACGAUGCAGUUUGCCAUC